AUGACAGGCAAAGACUGCGUCGCCAUAGCCUGCGACCUGCGCCUCGGUCUCCAAGCGCUCACCAUCUCGAACAACUUCCCCAAGAUCUUCCCCUACAGCCCGUCCGUGUAUCUCGGGCUGACGGGUCUGGCGACCGACGUAUCCACCGUCGCCGACCUCUUCCGCUACAAAGUGAACAUGUACCGGCUGCGCGAGGAGCGACAGAUCGCGCCGCGCACCUUUGCGAAUCUCGUCAGCAGCAGCCUGUAUGAGAAGCGCUUUGGGCCGUACUUUGUGAGCCCCGUGGUCGCGGGCAUCGACGAUGGCGGGAAGCCGUUUAUCUGCGGGUUCGAUAGUAUCGGGUGUAUUGAUUUUGCCAAGGACUUUAUUGUCUCGGGCACGGCGAGUGACCAGCUUUUUGGGACUUGUGAGGGGCUGUGGGAGCCGGAUCUCGGACCCGAGGACCUCUUCGAGACCAUCUCGCAGGCGCUGCUGAAUGCGGUCGACAGGGACGCGUUGUCGGGAUGGGGUGCGCAUGUCUACAUCAUCGAGAAGGACAAGGUGACGAAGCGGUUGCUGAAGGGAAGGCAGGACUGA